AUGUGUCGCUUGCUGAUUUUCAUACUAAUUGUACUGUUCUUCGAGACAUCCAAAUGUUGGUCGGCCAGAGAGGUUAUAAAUCAGCUUAAUAAAGAUCUGCAACUACAUCUUAAUAUUUACUUGGAUUGCGGCGACAUGGAGUUACGAUUCAAUCAGGAAGUGCCCAAUUUAUUACUGAAUACUCUUGAGGAGCAACAAAAAUUAUUGGGUAGAUUCAGUGCGCGUUCUUUGAUCAUCGCCUGUUUGAAAGAAUCUACAGAAAAUAGAACCUUGAAUGGAAUAAGGGAACUACUCUGGGGAAUACAGCACUUACACAUGAUUUAUAUCGUAAAUUCAAAAAUGGAUUUUUAUUUUAAGCAAGCUUUAGGCGGGGGCUUUCUUCAUGUGCUGGUUUUAAAUAAUGGAACGCUGUAUACUUACCAACCAUAUCCAAAAAUUCAAAUUCAUCAAAUUAAAGAUAUGAAGGAAUUUUAUGAUUUAACAAAGAUGAGAAAUCUGCAAGGACUGGCGGUUCACACCACUGUGGAGACGAUGACUCCUAGAUGUUUUCACUACAAAAAUCGUCAAGGGAAAGUAGUCUAUGCUGGUUAUAUGUAUAAGCUGCUAAAGGGAUUUAUUGAAACCUACAAUGGCACUGAGAAGCAUGUUUUUGCUAAUAUGGAAACAGUACCCUAUAAAUUGGGUUUGAGUGCAUUUGCAAAUGGUGAAAUCGAUAUGGUUCCACGGAUUAUACACGCCAUGGAUUGGAAAUAUUACCACCGCAGUCAUAUUUUUUACAACAUUAAGACUUUUCUUAUGGUUCCUUGGGCUGAACCAUUGCCAAAAUGUUGGUACUUUAUUCAACCUUUUUAUUGGACAGUUUGGAUAACAUUCAUCGCGGGCUUUAUCUAUGCCUCUGUUUUGAUCUGGUGGAUAAGAUUUAGACAGGAUGAGGGGUCUUCUUUAUCUUCCACCUUUUUGGAUGUCCUGCAGCUUUUGUUUCUACUUCCGGUGAGCAAAAUCUGGCAUUUUAGACUGGGAAUACCUUCUGCACUCAGCUUUAUUGUUCUUUUCACCGUUGGAUUUAUUCUGACCAAUCUCUAUACCGCUCAAUUAUCAAGUUCAUUAACUACUGGCUUAUUUAAGAGGCAACUCAACACCUUUGAUGAUCUAUUUCGGGAAAAACGGAUAUUCCUAGUGGAAAGUUUCGACGCGAAUGUUCUACACAAUAUGAUCAAGGAAAAGAUCAUUCAAAAAGAGUUUCAAAAUAUAACUCAAGUUACUUCGAUAAAGGAGGUCUUUAAACUUCGGAAGAGCCUCAAUACUAGUUACGUAUAUGAGGCCUAUGAAGAUCGCAUUUCAUUUGAACUGUUACAGCAAAAAUAUCUUCGAGUGCCGAUUUUCAAGACUUUGAAGGAGGUCUACGACCAAAGGCCCGUUUUUGUGGCACUCCGUCAUGGAUUGCCAUAUGUGGAACUAGUUAACGAUUAUCUUCGGAGAACCUGGGAGUCGGGAAUAUGGUUAAAGCUUCAAAAGGACGCCAACUUUGAGGGAAUUUCCAGUGGUGAAAUUAGCUUUCGGAAAUCGAAGUCCUGGGAGAUUCAGGUCUUCGAUAAGGAUUUUUAUUUUUUUGCCUAUAUUUUAUUGGUACUGGGAUGGCUUGCUGGCGCAAUAGUCUUUUUAUUAGAGAAGAUUUUUAGGGACUGUAACCGGUCAUAA